UCUCAUUUUCGGAUUAAAGAAACCCUAAAACCCGAUUCUCGCUCUCAUUUUUCCCCCCUCUCUCGCUCUCCUUUUCGGAUUCAAGAAACCCCAAAACCCGAUCUCCAUUUCGGGCGAGAUUCCAUUUCUAUCGGCUGCUCGUUUCAGAGGUUUUUGUUUCUCAGAUUUCGCAUCGGAAGGAUUGAAUAGCCACAACUGAUGGGUCUUUAUUUCAGGUGGAGCUACUCUGCUGCAUCAACCACUGCACAUUUGGAGUAGAACUAAUCCUAAAGAUAAUAACUUGGUCAUACUCAGCCCAUAUUCAACCAGUUCGUAGGUUGUACAUAUUCAGUGAUGGCACCAGGUCGGAGAUCACGUCGUUCGCGCACUGGAUCUACCCCUUCCACCCGUGAUGCGACGGAGACAGCAUCGCCAUCACAUGUUGCAUCACAGGCUUCUGAUCCCUCAGUUACGCAUACACUGGGUACUGCAUCAUCGUCGACCAGACGGAGAGGACGUGGACCCACCCGUGGGUUAGUUUUAGAGAGACUUGCGCGUGAGGGUAGGGUGAUGGUAGAGUUCCCACAGGACUGUCUUAGACCUGUUGGGGACAAUGCUAGGCUGUUUACGUCGGAGGUCGGUGUUUUAUGUCGAGCUCUGAUCCCCGCCACCACUCCCCGUUGGGCAGACGUGACAGAUGAUGUGCGGCAGCUCAUCCGUCAUCGCCUUACGGAUAAAUUUGUCUUGAAUUUGAGUGUUCCGUACAUUUCCUAUGCCGUUGACGACAUGGUCAAGGAGCGGUUCAAGGAGUACCGCAGUAACUUACACAAGCGGUACAAGCGGUGCAUAAGCCACGAGGAGGCCGUAUUGUCUAGACCGCCGCACGUGACCCCUGACGACUGGCGGAUACUCUGCGAGAGAUUUUUGUCCGAGCCUUUUCAGAAGAGGAGUAGAAUAAAUUCUGCGAACAAGGGAAAGUUAGAAGUGAACCACGUCGCUGGUUCAAAGUCAUUUGUACGAUUUCGUCACGACAUGCAAGAUUCCGUCACUGGCCAGGAGCCUGGGCCAGUAGACCUCUACAGAGGGACUCACUGUCGGCAGGCGACGGGAUCUUGGGUACAUCCUAGAGCUAGCAAGAAUUGGGCAGCGAUGGACACCAUACGCAGUCAGCCCACUCCUGAUGGUACUCAGCGGAGUGAGCCAGAUAUCAUGAGCGAGGUGCUUGGCACCCGUUCUGGAUAUGUGCGUGGGCUUGGCCAUGGUGCUAAGCUCAUGGCACCUGCUAGAGGUACCUCCAGCCGUUCUAUCGCUGGCGAGAGCGCCCUACGCCGAGCUGAUGUCUUAGAGAGAGAGGUUCAGCAUCUACGGGUCGUCGUUGACGAGAUCAGAGACCAGCUGGUGAGGCAGAGGGAGGAGCAGGAGAGGAGGAUCGAGGAGAUGCGGGUUGAGCAUGAGCGACGGAUGGAGGAGAUGCGGGUGGAGUAUGAGCGACGGAUGAAGGAGAUGUUUCAGGCUAUUGUUGCACGCUUAUCCACCGAUGCCCCACCACCACCGCCCUCAUCUGAUGCCCCAUCACCUCCGCCCUCAUCUGAUGCCCCAUCACCUUCGCCUUUAUCUUUGUGAUUUUUUGUAUUUUAUUUAUGAUUUAUUUUAUAUACGAAUGUUAAACUUGUAUAUGUACUUGUGCGUGGAUGAAUGUGAUGUGGAUAAGAUUGUUUGUGUAUGUAUUGAUGUGGUUUGUGUUUGGAUGGAUGU